AUGACAAUAGAACACAAAGAACUUUUAAACAAACCAUAUUUAGUUGCUAAUCAAAUAUUUGAAAUACAACAAGAUUUCGUUGUUAUAAAAUUGAAAAUUUCAGACAGUAUGCUGAACGAAGGUGGCUUAGGUGCAACAAAAAUCAGAUUAUUAAUGUUUUGUGUUAUACCAUUCAAUAAUUUAAAUUUACAUGCAAAUGGUCCAUAUGGGUUGGAUCGAAUUGGGAUUACUGAAGAAGUAUUUAUAAGUUGA